AUGUUGAGAGAACAAGUCCAUGGUGAUAUCCAUCCCCAGGAGUAUCCUGGUGCCUUCCAAGGCAUGAGAUACCAUUGUGACCGCAACCUGGAGGCAGAUAUGGCAGCAGGGUUUGAGCCAGAAGAGUUCAAUGGACUGGAGAUGGAAAUUAUUAGAAGACAGCUGCAUGUGAUCAUCGGACGUCUGCGUGCCCUGGAGGAGCAGAGCACCACCCGGCGCCAUAGGGAGGCUCUGUUCUUCGCCAUUCUGGCGUCGGCCUGCAUCACCAACAUGUGGCUGUGGCUGCGCUAGUGAAACUUCACCCCCGCGCUGCACUACUUCCUUCCCCUUCUGCCCUUCUCUCCCUGGCCACCCUUGUCCAUCCUCCUUCUCCUCCCAGGAGCCCCCAGACAGUGUCAACACCAUCUUCGGUUCUGGUUAAGCCCUGGCCUUGGGAGGUCAGCCCUCUCCAUUGGGAGGUCCCAGCUGCUGGGAGGGUAGAGGAGGUCUGAAUGGGCCCAGAUGCUGCUCCUUUGGAGGGUGAGGAGAGAGCAGCAUCUGGUUCUGCACUAACACCAGUGGCAGGAGCCGCCUGCCUGUCAGGGCUCCCUGGGCCUUGCCUCUAUGACCUCAACAUCCCUUCUGUUCCACCUGUGGCAGGGGUUUGGCUUUCUCUUCCUCCCCCGUUUGCUUCCACUUUGCGCACAAGGCUCUGCAGAGACAACAUGCUCAAUAAAAGUUAGUGAUA